AGCGGAGCGGGCGAGCCCGGCGCGGAUCUAGGGCUGCGGGGCGCGCGCUGGGAGCGGCGGGCGGCUCUGCGGGAGCUGGUCCGGGGCGGCGGGGCCCCCCAUGGUGCGGCGGGCCGGGCGCGGGAGCCGGCAGGCGGCGGCGCGGCCGCACUGAGCCCCCCGCCCGCCGCCGCGGGCUGUUAUUGUGAGGGGGAGACAAUGAGCAAACUCUCCUUCCGCGCCCGGGCGCUAGACGCCGCCAAACCGCUGCCCAUCUACCGCGGCAAGGACAUGCCCGACCUCAACGACUGCGUCUCCAUCAACCGGGCGGUGCCGCAGAUGCCCACGGGCAUGGAGAAGGAGGAGGAAUCGGAACACCAUUUGCAACGAGCUAUAUCAGCACAGCAAGUUUUUAGGGAAAAGAAAGAGAGCAUGGUUAUUCCAGUUCCUGAAGCAGAGAGCAAUGUUAAUUAUUAUAAUCGUCUGUACAAAGGAGAGUUUAAACAACCAAAGCAGUUCAUUCACAUUCAGCCCUUUAAUCUGGACAAUGAACAACCAGAUUAUGAUAUGGAUUCUGAAGAUGAGACCUUAUUAAAUAGACUUAACCGGAAGAUGGAAAUUAAACCGUUGCAGUUUGAAAUUAUGAUCGAUAGGCUUGAAAAAGCCAGUUCUAAUCAGCUUGUAACACUUCAGGAAGCUAAAUUGCUGCUAAAUGAGGAUGAUUACCUUAUUAAAGCUGUCUAUGACUACUGGGUGAGAAAACGUAAGAACUGUAGGGGACCGUCACUCAUCCCUCAGAUCAAACAAGAAAAAAGAGAUGGCUCCACCAACAAUGAUCCCUAUGUUGCCUUUCGGAGGAGAACAGAGAAAAUGCAGACCAGAAAGAAUCGAAAGAAUGAUGAAGCCUCUUAUGAGAAGAUGUUGAAACUGAGAAGAGAGUUUAGCAGAGCCAUAACAAUUUUGGAGAUGAUUAAGAGAAGAGAGAAAACAAAACGCGAGUUGUUGCAUUUAACGUUAGAAGUUGUGGAAAAAAGGUACCAUUUGGGUGACUACGGGGGUGAAAUACUUAAUGAAGUCAAGCUUAAUAGACCUGACAAGGAGAUGAGCACAACUCCAGCAACACUUCAUAAUGGAAACCACCACAAAGUUCAAGAAUGUAAAGUUAAGCAUUCUCACCAUUCAUCUCUGAAGGAAGACAUGUCAGAUGUUGUUCGACAAAAGAAAAAGUAUCCAAAGAAGCCUAAAACGGAGUGUGUGAUAACUCCACAGCAACCCAUGACUGAGCCUCUGCCUGUUAUCAAUAAGAGUGAUAUUAAACAGUAUGACUUCCACAGUUCAGAUGAAGAUGAAUUCCCGCAGGUACCCUCACCAGUGUCAGAACCAGAAGAAGAGAAUGAUCCUGAUGGACCUUGUGCUUUCAGAAGAAGAGCAGGAUGCCAGUAUUACGCUCCUCAUUUGGACCAAACUAAUUAUUCAUGUGAGAAUUCAGAAUUGGCAGAAUUGGACAAGCUGAGGUACAGGCAUUGCCUUACAACCCUUACAGUUCCAAGAAGAUGUAUAGGAUUUGCAAGAAGGCGACUUGGCAGGGGUGGAAGGAUCAUAAUGGACCGAUUAUCUACAGAACAUGAUCCUGUCCUGAAACAGAUCGACCCUGAAAUGCUGAAUAGUUUUUCAAGCUCUUCCCAAACUGUAAACUUUUCUUCUAAUUUCUCACGGACAAAUGCUUCCAAUAAACAUUGUGAAAACAGACUGUCUCUUUCUGAAAUACUAAGCAAUAUCAGAUCAUGUCGACUACAGUGUUUCCAGCCAAGGCUACUAAAUUUACCGGACAGUGAUAGUGAAGAAUGUACCUCAAGGAAAUCAGGGCAGACUGUGAAUAAUAAAAGAGUUUCUGCAGCAUCUGUAGCUUUAUUGAACACCAGCAAGAAUGGCAUAUCAGUUACAGGGGGUAUCACAGAGGAACAGUUUCAGACACAUCAACAGCAAUUAGUUCAAAUGCAAAGGCAGCAACUUGCUCAGCUUCAGCAGAAACAGCAAUCUCAGCAUUCCUCACAACAAACGCAUCCAAAAGCACAGGGCUCAAGCACCUCUGACUGUAUGUCCAAAACACUUGACUCCGCCAGCGCCCACUUUGCUGCAUCUGCAGUGGUCAGUGCACCUGCUCCCAGUCGCAGUGAGGUAACAAAAGAACAGAACACCAGCCACAACAAUAUCAAUGGUGUUGUCCAGCCUUCAGGAACUUCUAGAACUCUGUACUCCACCAACAUGGCUUUAUCUUCCAGCCCAGGGAUUUCAACUGUACAGCUAGUAAGGACAGUUGGCCACACCACCACAAACCACUUAAUUCCAGCAUUGUGUACAAGCAGCCCUCAAACGCUUCCCAUAAACAAUUCUUGCCUGACUAAUGCAGUGCACCUCAACAAUGUCAGUGUUGUUUCUCCAGUCAAUGUGCAUAUCAAUACAAGGACUUCAGCACCAUCGCCAACAGCCUUAAAACUUGCCACAGUUGCUGCCAGUAUGGACAGGGUGCCAAAGGUGACUCCUAGCAGUGCCAUCAGCAGCAUAGCAAGAGAGAACCACGAACCAGAACGACUGGGUUUAAAUGGCAUAGCAGAGACGACAGUAGCAAUGGAAGUGACAUAACCUCCCACCAGUUGAUCAACUUGUACUGAUGGCGUAGUCAUUUAUAUUCCAACUGAAUGCAAAAUACAAUGCUCUGUGGAUCACAGAGAACUAAAAUGGACCUAAAUGGACUAUCACUAUAUCGUAUAUUAAGUCGAUAUAUAAUGUACAUUUUGUAAAAUUGGGAAAAUCACUACCUUGUAAUAUAGUUUAUUUGUAUCAUCAAUAUUAUUUCUGUUACUUGAAUAGUAGAUAUUCAUCAUCAUGCUUUUGCACUUGAAUUUGCAACUGAAUGGAUUUAAAAAAAUAAUUCUUUAAUGGGAUCAUGAGCAUGAAAUGGGAUCCUGCAUCACUUGUUUUAACUAUUUAUUUUGCCAUGUUUACAUUUUGUAUCUUGUACAAAUAAAUCCAACUUUGUGUCUAAAAAAGUUAAAGAUUCAUAGCUAGGAAACAAAAUUCUUGUAAUUUUUUUCUAAAGGAAAUGUAAAGUUUUCACUUGGUUCAUUUUGUUUCACAAUUUGACUAGAUGGACUUUUUUGGUAAAUACUUUAGUGGCAUUUCACUGUCAAAUAUGAAGUUCAAGGCAAAAUAGUAUUUUCUAUUACUGUGCAGGGGAAAGGGAUGGAUCGAUACAUGCAAAUUUAAUGUAGUAACUCACUUUUUCAUAUAUUUUGAAUGUAUAUUUCUAUUUAUAAUACCAGUUUAUAAAAAAUAAUUACACAGAAAAAACAGACUAGGAAAAAAUUAUGCAUCUAGCACACAUUAAACUGUGCAGAUAUGAAAAAUUUUCAACUGAUUACAUUUUACCUAAAGACUGCAUAUUUUAACUGGCUUUAAAACUGUAACACACCACAUAAAGGAUAUUUUACCAGGUAUGUAUUGCAUUAUAUAUCAUUGCAAUAAUUAUUGGAUGUCUAGAUAUCGAGCCAUCCCAAGUGGGGGCGGGGGGAGGGUUGUGGCAAGAUUGUCUUUUCAAUUUUGGAGAGUUUUCCUGUGGCUACAAGGCAAGUAACGGGUUGGAAAAAGUCUGACUGUAAGCGUUGGACACCUUCGUAGUGUAGUGUUUUAGUGACUUUUUUUAUACGGUUCUUGUAAAUUAGAUACGUGUAGUGGUGUUUCAGAAUGUUUGUUUAUGCACUAGUUCAGACAACUUUCCCUGUUACUUGUUCUUGAUAAGUGAAAACUGCAGGGAAAUAAAAAUACAUAUCAAAAUAUA